AUGAAAGGGGCGGAGACGGACGCUAUGGGUCUAUUGUUGAGGGAGAGGAUUGUGUUUCUAGGGAACAGUAUAGAUGAUUUUGUGGCUGAUGCUAUUAUUAGUCAGUUGUUGCUUCUUGAUGCUCAGGAUCAUACUAAAGACAUCCGUCUAUUCAUUAAUUGUCCUGGUGGUUCUCUUAGUGCUACAAUGGCUAUCUAUGACGUGGUGCAGCUCGUGAGGGCUGAUGUUUCCACAGUUGCUCUUGGCAUUGCAGCAUCAACAGCUUCUAUAAUUCUAGGUGGUGGAGCGAAAGGCAAGCGUUUUGCAAUGCCCAACACACGGAUAAUGAUUCAUCAACCUCUUGGAGGUGCUAGUGGGCAAGCAAUAGACGUGGAAAUUCAAGCGCGAGAAAUUAUGCACAACAAGAACAAUGUGAUUAGAAUUGUUUCGGGUUUCACUGGUCGCACAAUUGAGCAAGUGCAAAAAGAUAUUGAUAGAGAUCGAUACAUGUCUCCAAUUGAGGCAGUUGAAUAUGGAAUAAUUGAUGGAGUUAUUGAUGGAGAUAGCAUCAUUCCUUUGGCUCCAGUGCCUGAAAGAGUGACACCAACCCUGAAUUAUGAGGACAUGCGUAAAGAUCCAAUGAAAUUCUUGAAUCCAGAUGUCCCUGAUGAUGAGAUAUACUAG